AUGGGUGAGCAUAAGCUGAAAGAUAUCGUCUUUUACUGUAUCAAGGAUUCCCAUAAGAUGAGGCCUUGCGGCGAGAGGCCCACUAAGUUGUUUCGAUGCGAAUCUGAAAAGAUACAACAGAAAGAACGCAUUGUUGAGGGGGGUGAAACUGCAAAUAUUGAAGUUGCUGUUCUUGGAGAGUCUGGUGUAGGAAAGUCGUCUCUACUUUUACGGUAUUCUGACCAAAUCUUCAUGGAGAAAGUCCCUUCUACGUGGGGCUGGGACUUUAAGAAUUCUAAAAUCCGUCUGCACGACCGAGAGUUUACUUUGAAAAUUGUUGAUACGGCAGGACAAGAAGUAUUUCAAGCGAUGACACCACAAUUCAUACGAAAAGUUCAAGGCAUUGCUAUUGUGUAUGUCGUAACAGAGGAGUACUCCCUUACAGAAGGUGUUCCCAGAAUGUACCAGUUGAUUAAGGCUUAUGCACCAGACAAUGUGAGUUUAAUUUUAGUGGGUAAUAAAGCAGGGGAGGGAGAACACGUCAUCACCAGAGAGGAAGGGGAAAACUUAGCCAAAAAGCUUGGAAUUAGCGACAUUGAGACAAGUGCAAAAACUGGCCUAAAUGUUGAAGAAAUGUUCUCAAUAAUUGCAAACGAGAUCUAUGACAAUUUAGAUUUGUCUGAUAUUGAUAUGUACUUCUCAGAUGGAAGAGAUGUAAUCAAUGUCAGAAAUGAU